GAAUAGUCGAAUCAAUUAAAAUGGAAGUAAUUAUGUAAUAAAUAAUGAAUAGAUGCAACAAGUGAUUAAAGAUACAAGCUAAGUUUUGUUGGUCAUUUUGUGCUUAACAUGUCUUCUGUCAAAGUUGCAGUUCGGGUCCGUCCUUUUAAUAGCCGGGAGAAAGAAAGAAAAGGGAAAUGCAUUAUUCAAAUGAAUGGGGCUACAACAGUAAUCUCCAACCCAAAACAGCCAAGAGAUAAUCCUAAAAGCUUCAAUUUUGAUUAUUCCUACUGGUCGCAUACAUCACCAAAGGAUGAGAAUUUUGCCAGCCAAAAACAAGUGUAUAAUGAUCUUGGUGUUGAGAUGCUGCAACACGCUUUUGAUGGAUAUAAUGUUUGCAUAUUUGCUUAUGGACAAACGGGUGCUGGAAAGUCUUAUACAAUGAUGGGAAAACAUGAUUCACUUGAGCAAGGAGGUAUUAUACCUCAGAUGUGUCAAGAGAUGUUUACAAGGAUUUCAGAGUCAACAGAAAACAACAAUUUGAACGAUACAGAAGGAAAUGUGACAUUUUCAGUUGAAGUUAGUUACAUGGAAAUAUACUGUGAACAAGUUCGUGACCUACUCAACCCAAAAAAUAACAAAAAUUUGCGAGUAAGAGAACACCCACUGCUAGGGCCUUAUGUUGAAGAUUUAUCUAAGCUUGCAGUUCAAUCUUUUUCUGAUAUCAACAACCUAAUGGAUGAGGGUAAUAAAGCAAGAACUGUUGCGGCAACAAACAUGAAUGCAACAAGCAGUAGAUCGCAUGGUGUUUUUAACAUUGUUUUCACCCAAAAACGCCAAGACUUUAUCACAAAUUUGGAAACAGAGAAGGUAAGCAAAAUCAGUUUGGUCGACUUGGCUGGUAGUGAGAGGGCAGAGUCAACGGGUGCAAAAGGAAAACGUUUAAAAGAAGGUGCAAACAUUAACAAAUCGCUGACAACAUUAGGAAAAGUGAUAUCUGCACUUGCUGACCAGGAUUGUAAUGGGGUUUCUACAGCAAAGUCAAAAAAGAAGAGGGGUGAAUACAUCCCUUAUCGUGAUUCUGUACUCACAUGGCUGUUAAAAGAAAACUUAGGAGGGAAUUCAAAAACAGCGAUGAUUGCAGCCAUCAGUCCCGCUGAUAUUAACUAUGAUGAGUCACUAAGUACUUUAAGAUAUGCAGAUAGAGCGAAACAGAUUCGGUGCAAUGCUGUUGUUAAUGAAGAUCCAAACGCUCGGUUAAUACGAGAGUUAAAAGAAGAAGUUGAAAGAUUGCGACAAGUCCUUCGUGCUGAGGGACUUGCCAGUCUUAUUAAUCAACAAACACUUAUGAACAGAAAUCGAAGCUUAAAUACGAGUGACAAAGGUGACAGUGAGAACGCUGGUACUGGAAUAAAUGCAUGUAAUAACAACAUAAAUGAUGAUGUUGAACAACUAAAAAGUCAAGAAAAAAAUGCCCUGGAAAGGAUAAAGGAGUCAGAAAAAAUUAUUGCGGAGUUAAAUGAAACUUGGGAAGAAAAGUUAAGAAAGACUGAAUACAUUCGCCAGCAAAGAGAACACGCUUUGAUGGAACUGGGUGUGUCGCUACGUGAGGAUGGGGGAACACUCGGUGUGUUUUCACCAAAACGUACUCCUCAUGUUGUUAAUCUAAAUGAGGAUCCAUUGAUGUCUGAAUGCUUGCUCUACUACAUUAAGGAUGGUCUAACAAGAGUUGGAUUGUCUUCUGCAAAAGUUCCACAAGAUAUUGUACUUAGUGGUCAGCAUAUAAAGGAUGAACAUUGUAUUUUGCAAUGCAAGCGGAUAUCACAAAGCGAGACUAUUGUGAGCAUACUGCCAUUUGAAGACGCCCAAACAUUUGUAAAUGGUCGUGAGGUUCAUGAACCAACUGAACUACGAAGUGGAAGUCGAAUAAUUCUUGGCAAAAAUCACGUGUUUCGAUUUAUGAAUCCAGAUCAGGCACGAAUGGAAAGAGGUCAGCCUGAUUAUAUAUCAGUUGAAUCUCCAUCUGAACCUGUGGAUUGGUCGUUUGCUCAGCGAGAACUUUUACAAAAACAAGGCAUCGAUAUGAAGCAAGAGAUGGAGAGAAAAUUACAUGAAAUGGAACUUCAGUACAAGCGAGAGAAGGAAGAAGCAGAUUCACUGCUGGAAAAACAAAGACUUGAUUUUGAGCAUCGACUUGAAGUCCUUCAACAGCAAAUGGAAACAAAUUCAAGUCUUUCUCUUGUUGGCCAAGAAGUCAGUUUUAAACCAAAACAAGCUGUGACUUAUACGGAGGCGAAUGAUCCAUGGAAUGAGAGGGAUUAUACAUUGGCAAGAUGGGCAUGGAAUAAAUGGUCGCAGUACCAAUUCACCUCGCUAAGAGAUGAUCUCUGGGGAAAUGCUAUUUUUCUCAAGGAAGCUAAUGCCAUCAGUGUGGAGCUUAAGAAACAGGUCUUGUUUCAAUUCGUCCUCUUAACUGACACCUUGUUCUCACCACUUGCACCUGACCUCAUACCACAAGAUGCGGUUGGGAAACCUCGUCCUUACAAUAAAACUAUUGUAGCUGUUCAAGUUUGUGAUUAUAAGAAUGGAGCAACACAUUAUUGGUCUUUAAAUAAGUUAAGGCAACGUUUGGAGUUAAUGAGGAAAAUGUACGAUCAAGUUUGUGAUUUUACUUCUGAACAAAACAAACCCAAUCAAGAUCCAUUCCAUGAUAGACUUGCAUGGCUUAAAAUGAUUGGCAGAUUCGUGUCACCAUCAAACAAUCUCCCUAUGUCCGUAUCUGAAAACAAUUUUCUUGGCCACCCAUCUUCAAAUGUCCCCACACAUGGGGCAACCACUUCACCCACAUUUGGGGUUCACAAAUCGUCCUCAAUGUCAGACCUUGACUAUGAAUCAGCUAUUUAUGCUUUGCUGAGUCAGCAGGACCCAUUUUACGACCGCACACCGUGGUUCAGCAUAGUGGGCAGAGGAUUUGUUUAUCUGAGCAACCUGUUACUUCCUGUACCUCUGGUUCAUAAGAUGGCAGUUGUCAGCGAAACUGGUGAAGUAAAAGGUUAUCUACGAGUUGCAGUACAACCAAUUAUAGAUCAGAAAAGAUUCCAUAAUGAUGAUUGGAACAACAGCACCAUUAGAUACACAAGCCGACGUCAAUCAGCCACCGCUCAUGUCAAGUUUGACCAGUUAUAUGUUGAAGAUGAGGAUUUUGAAACUUCCUCCUUAAUUGAUGAAGAUGUUGAUGUGAGGAUCGUGGAGGGGAGAGGAGACUCAUCAACCGAAUGCUCCAUCAUCGAAGGAACUCCAAAAAAUUCGCUUCCCAAGUCUGAAGAUUCACAAAUUUUUGAAGACAGUUUUGAAUAUGAAGGUCAGCAAUCAAUACAAACCCACUUACAAAUUGGCUCAGAGUUCCAGUUCCGUAUCACAAUACUUGAUGCUAUUGGCAUUUCCACCACCUAUGCUGAUAUAUUCUGCCAAUUCAAUUUUUUGAACCGCCAUGAAGAAUCAUUUUCUACUGAACCUCUUAAAAACACAGGCAAAGGAGCGCCAUUAGGUUUCUACCAUGUUCAAAACGUUUGUGUGAAAGUUACACAACGGUUUAUUGACUAUAUCAGCACUCAACCGUUAGUAUUUGAAGUGUUUGGUCAUUUCUCCAACCACCCAUUACAUGAUGAUAGCAAAGAUAUGGAAACGCUUUUAAAAACGAGACGACUUAGUCCAAUGAAUUUAGCCCCGCUGUCAAAACCCGUCCCAGCGUUAACCAUGGACAGCUGCGGAGGUGUCGUUGCCAGUGUUCCCAGUCGCACUCAGUGUGCAUACGAUCUCAUGAUAUGGUUCGAAAUAUGUGAGCUGGAAACACGCGGAGAGUACACCCCUGUAACAGUGGACCACCGUGGUGACAUAAGCAACAACACUGGUGUGUUUCUAUUACACCAAGGUAUUCAACGUCGUAUUGCUGUGACCAUUGUACAUGAGCAUGGACCAGAACUUGUGUGGAGAGAUGUCAAGGAAGUAGUCGUCGGUCGCAUACGGAACAAACUGAAGCCAGAAGAAAGUACCAACUCUACUGAUAAUAUUUUGUCGCUCAGUUUAUUGCCCGGACAUUAUGUAUACCCGCCUAUCGACGAUCGGAUAUCAUACGGAAGAGAUACAAGGACAUUCUAUCGGUUUGAAUCAUCGUGGGACAGUUCAUUACAUAACUCACCUUUGCUGAAUCGAGUUACAGCAUCAGGGGAUAAAGUGUUCGUCACUCUUACAUUAUACCUUGAGUUGGACAACUGUGCUACCCCUGUCAUAAUCUCGAAGGAUCUUUGCCUGGUGGUUUGUAAUAGGGAUGCUAAACUCGGCACACCUCGGUCGUUGCGGAAUUUCUUCAGUGGGUCAUACAGGUCCGCCGACAGUAACCGCGUCACCGGAGUCUACGAACUGUCACUUAAAUACAACGAGCAUCAGGGCGUUGGCAGUCCGGGCAUGCGAAGAAGGCGUCGUUGCGUCAUCGAUACGUCAUCAACUUACGUAAGAGGGGAAGAAAACCUCGCUGGGUGGCGACCGAGAGGGGAUAGCUUAAUAUUCGAACACCAACUGCAGUUGAAUCGCUUCCAUAAAGUUCUUCAGGUAGAGAAGACGAGGCAUAUCCUGCUCUUGCGGGAAACCAUGUGUUCGGAACAAAGCUCAGCUUACACGAAACGAUCAUAUGAACCGAUUGGCAGCGAAUCAGAGACGAGAAACGAUGAUGAGUUGGAACUAACCAAUACCAGGAUUGGAAGUUCACACAGCGUACAUAGCCUUUCAUCAUCGUUUGCCAAGGACAAGUUAAACGGUGUGAUAUUACGCGCCAGUGGUUACGGUGUGCAUAAGAGCAUGACUAUCGAUGGCGUUGCAAAGUCAUGUGACCCGGAUAAAGAUACAGACUCUACAGAACGUGAAAAGCAACUUACAAACAAGUGUCUCCGUCUUAUGCAGUACAGAGUACCUAGUUUAUUUGACUUACAUGACCCGGCACAGGCCGACCAGUCAAACAACGACAGUGGAAUUGGCGUCGAAAGUUUUCUAACUCCAUCAAACUCUGGUGUGAACAUCGUACAUAGCAACAGCAUCAUAUUCACUGACGAUAACGGAGAAACUAUCAGCUUUACACCUUCGCUGUUUGUACUCAAUACCGUGGUUUCGUUCUACAAGCAGCAAAUGACGUCGACAUGCAUGGAUGGUUAUAUGCGUUCAAUCCGCUUUUAGCCGGUUCCAUCCGCAGAUCAAAGCUGGCACGCAAAGCCCAGCAUGCAGUGGAGACGUGACCGCAUUCAAACCAACAGUUCCAAAUUCCGUUCUUCAACUGCAAGAAAUUUUCAUUAUUUAUGCCCAGCUUAUCUAACGUAGCUAAUUUAUAUGUAUAUAUAUAUAUUUAUACGUCACGUACAAUGUAUCCAACCCGCACGUUACCUGUACACGGUGAAAUUCUCACCAUAAUUGUUUACCCGCCGCACCAGUGUUGCUUUUCUAUUCCUUCCUUAUUUCGCCAAUUAUUCCUGAGUUACCUCUUUUUCUUAUCAAUCAUAUUUUGCUACAAGCUGCUCUGAACCCCGUCUAAUCAUCGCACAUACGUUUGAUCAUCAUUAGGAAUGUGCCGAAAUCGUUAAAGCAACCGGAAGGUUCGACCCGAACUCGGGUCGAGCUCUGAGGACACCAUUUGAAAACAAAAUUGCAAGAAUGCGUUUACUUUCGGCCAGAAGCGUCGAACGUCGAAACGACUCAAAAGCAUAUUGGUAAACACUAAAAAUGCAUCGCAAUAAAAAAAAGUUCAUACAAGUAAUUCGUUUAUAAUUGGUUUUCGAAUACGAGCUUUGGAAUUCAGCUCGACACAUUCCUAAAUCCCACUCAAAUCACCAUCAACACAAUAUAUGCUGUGAUUCACAUAUCUUCGUAUAGAGAUUAUUGCUUACAAACGUCACUGUUAUUUUUCAAUGGGCACCCACACUGUACAUGCAGUAUGCUGUUUAACUUAUUAUUUUUGCGCUUGCUCGUAGAUGUAGUUUGCAUUCGGUUCCAUCGACACGUUUCAUUUCUAACCCACUGAGCCUAUCGAUGUUCAAUGUAGAACUUCUACUUGAUAUUUUGUGAACUCGUUGUGCUGAUCUCAUUGUUGUUGCAAUAAAUUGAAAUUUAUCGGUG